AUGAACCGCAGUGUAUAUUGCACUGUGCGGUAAUGUGUGGUUUAUUUCCUCUGGGGUGGGAGGGCCGAGAACCUGCUGGAACUAUGGCCCACGUAUUACUGAAGAGCUUACUCCUCCUGUCUGUCUCUACACUUGGUUAUGCUAUUACAUGUUACACAUGUGACUCUGACAAUGACUUGUUGUGUUCGAAGGAGAAGUGUCAAGCAAACUUCAAUGUCUGUCUGAAUGUUACUCAAGCUUCUCACAGGUUGUUACGUCGCUGUUGGACUGAUCGGGAAUGUCAUGCCAAGGCGGUGAAGGCUGAGUACAGCAGGGAUUUGGAUUUCACCUUCAGCUGCUGUAAUUGGGAUCUGUGCAACUCCCGAAGUGGCAGCUCCAGGGUAGCUGGGACCCUCAGCCUGCUGGCUCUCCUCGCUCCUCUUGCUGGGUGGCAUAGUGCCAACUUCUGAAACUGGAGUCCACUGUGACCACAGCAUGCCUCCUGAGACAGAAGGCUGGCUUCUGAAAGUGUUUCCAAAUGCACCAAAUUGUAUCUGCCAGAUCUAACAAUGUUUAUGAGAGGAUGAUUUUAUAACAGUCUGUCCCUUCCCCCUUGUUUCUGACAUUAUUCCCGUUUGGUAAACUAACCUAAAAGGGGAGGUCACUGGCGUCCUGUUCUUUAGUAUGGGAGUGUUCAGGAUGUGUGCUUGCCCUCAGGAUCUCUCUGCUUCCCUGCAUUUAACAGCGCUUCAGUCAGCCACUGCCAACUCUUACAACUUCAGUUGCAUUUUAAACAAUAACUCCUUUGCUUUAUCUUUCAUUAUCUCUAGCUUGCUGGCCUGGCCACUGCUAUAACAUGGCCCCCAGCCAGCCCAAGGUGGACCUGUACUAGUGGGUAAUCCCUGACUAGGAAGAUGCCUAUGUUAAUGAUUAAACUACAAUAGACAAGAUUGGGUGGCUGAGCCUUGUCUAAACCCCAGAGCUGAUCAUCUAUGUUGUGUUACAGAUGUGUGUUGAAUCAAGCAGCUAGCUGAUGCUUUUGUAUUAAGCAUUUGACAACUUCCGUCAAUUGAACAAUAAAAGUCAUCUUUUGGGAUGA